AUGUCCGAAGGGUUGAGUGAGGUGAGCGACCCACUGAGGAAGGGGACCAGCUCCAGCUCCAACUCCCGUGUCCAGCUCAGGGUUCCAUGUUCCAGGCCGGAAACCCUCAACCGGGAAUGAAGGGACGGAUUCCUUGAAAACCUUCGAGUGGAAGUGUAAAAGCCAAGUGCUUAAGCUAAGCUACAAAGCUUCUUACCCAUGAGAAUAUGGCAGCCACAGGUUCAUUCCUCUACUCGGCAUGGACUCACACGAGUCCUACCUCUAUUCUCUUGUGGGUAUUGUAUAUCGGAUUAGCUUUUCUGGUUCUUGAUUAUGGAUAUAUGGUAUAUCUUCAUUUCCGGAUGGUAAGAUCCUACACAUCCUAUAGUACACAAAUACCAGAACACUGGCCAGACUAACACUUUCCAGCCACCGGGACCUUUUCCUUGGCCAAUCGUCGGAAAUACUUUCCAACUCCCAGAAAAGAAACCAUGGAUCUACUUUGAAAGUCUUGCAAAACAGUACGAUACACCCCUCUUGACUUUCUGGAUCGGUAGGAACCCAACGAUGUGGAUAUGUGACGCUUGGACUGCCUCCGACCUCUUCGAUAAGAGAGCAGGAAUCUACGCAUCCAGACCACGAAUGGUAGUAUUUGGCGAACUAGGGAGUGGGCAAUCAAGUCUAGUUUCCAUGUAUUAUGGUGCUCGAUGGCGAGUUCAUAGGAAACUAACCCAUAUGGGCGUUGGCUUGCAGCAAGUGAGGAAUUACUUGGGUUUUCAAAAUGAUGAGAGUAAACUUGUGGCAUGGAAUCUUUUGAGGACACCGGAGGACUAUGUUGUGCAUCUGGAGCGGUAUGCUUCUAGUGUUGUUUCGAUUAUUGCGUUUGGGAGGAGGAUUUCGAGCACGAAGGAUCCUGUGAUAAGUGAAGUGUUGGCGCUCAUGCAAAGGGCGGCAGAGUUGAAUGUGCCGGGGAAGACUUUCCCCAUGUUGAUGGAGACAGUUCCUUGUAAGUAUUGGAUGGUGAGAAGAACAAGACGGGACUGACUAGAUGACAGUCCUUGCUAAAGUCCCAACAAAAUUCGCUCCUUGGAAAUAUAAACAUGGACUUGGAGGAAAGCAUGGAGUUGGUCGCCCGUUCUAUUAUGCACUAGCCGAAGAAGCGGCUUCCAAUCCACAGCAAACCGAUUGUUAUGCCAAAAAGGUAUUUGAGGAAGCCCCAAAAUAUGAUUUGAGUAUGAUGGAGAUCGCGUCACUUAAUGGGUCUCUGUUUGGAGCUGGAAGCGAUACUUCGAGUUCCACACUUGUCACCUUCUUUCUUGCAUGCACCGCGUUUCCAGAAACACUUCCAGCUGCAUGGGAAGAGCUUGACCGGGUCAUCGGUCUAGACAGAAGUCCUUCUAUGGACGACGAGCCUAAUUUGCCAUACGUCAAGGCUUUCGUCAAGGAGGUAUUCAGGUGGAGGAGCGUAGCCAUAAUUGGGGGUCAACCUCAUGCACCCAUUCAAGAUGACAACUACAAGGUGAUAUAUGCAUAGAGAGAACUCUUGAAAGCAACGCUCAUAAUUUAUCAGGGUUGGAAGAUACCAAAGGGGACAUGGAUACAAGGGAAUUUGUGGGCGAUUCAUCGUCAUGAACGAGACUUUCCCGAUCCUGAUCGAUUUAACCCUAGCAGAUACCUCAAAGACAGUCCCGAUUCAAGGCCAUUCCCAAAUGACAAAGGAUAUAUGGCGUUUGGAUGGGGAAGGAGAGUAUGCAGUGGUCAAGGUCUGGCAGAGCAGGGAACCUUCAUCACCAUUGCCCGUUUGUUAUGGGGGUUCCGCAUUGAAAAGGCUCGCGAUGUUACUGGACAAGAGAUUCCAGUGGACAUAUUCAACUACACGUUGGUGUUUUCGUCGUCGUUGUGGCCUUUGAGUGCUAACUUGUUGCAGGAAUGGUCUCAACAUGCGACCCGAGCCUUUCGAGUGCAAGAUCACGGCGAGAAGUGACCAGAUCCGUGAGACUAUUGAGCGUGAGGGCAACGAAGCAGAACUUCGACUGACAACGUAUGAUGGCGAAACUAAGUACACGCUUAGUCAGUAUUAUCAGAACCAGACGAAAGGGACCAGUUGAAUGGGCAAGUACCUUGGGGUACUUGCAGUGUUAUCUAGUGGUUACAUCGGGUGGUGGUGAUAAUCAGCGCGUUACCGGGAAAUAGAUACCAAUGGUAGACGUCUUUCGUAAACUCCGGGAGAAGGGACAUGAACAUGCAGAUAACUUAAUAAAAACAUUCCGUAUAUACCGGCUCUUCUAUACCGUGGUUGGUGUAGGAGACGACGUGGUGUAGGAAAUGUCCGACUGGUGACAAUUGAUUUAGCAUAAUUCGGAAGACGCAUGAUAUCAAGGCAGAAGGCAGGGUAUGAGGAGAAAUGCGAGAUCUGAGUUGAUCUACUUCGUAGCUUAAUCGGAUGGUCCUGUCAAAGAAGAUCUCAAGAAAUUGGCGGGAAGGUCUCCGAGAUGGAUGUCUUGGAAAGAGCUCAAGGAAUGAGGAUUUGAGAAAGACGAUCUGAGAAGAAGCCUAUUCGUAUAACGAGAUGGACAGCAGAUCAUCUUGAACAUGAUGCCAGAAUUGCAGUUGUCGAUAAUGUGCGGUCUCUUGGCUUCUCUUCAUGCUGACAGAUGUCUGGACUCUGUAUGGACACACAAGACUUGAUCGGUUAUGUACCGCGACGAAGGCCUUGGUAUCGAGGCAACAAACCGGGGCAACAAGCCGGGGCAAACUAACGCCGUUCCGGGGAGAGCCACUCACGUGCACAACAUUGACCAAUGGAAAUUGGGAGUGCCCCUGCCCCUGCGGCUCUUGCAGGCUGACCCCUCUUUUCGCUCUUGGCCGGUCGCCUGCACAGGGAGCGACGAAAGUAAAUUUACGCAGUGCUUUCCAGCGGCUUUGGCAGCUUGGCUAUGGAAGCAUUGAACUGAGCUUACGAGUCGCAGGCUAGCAGCCACUGCCACUGCCAAUUCCGAAACUGACUUUCCCUACGCUUCACUAGUCCCAGGAGUACCUGGUGGCAUUACACGGGACUACCCCGUCCCCGUCGACCCCGUCGACCCUACGCGCCUCUGAUCACUACGCUUAAGACUCAAGAGAAGGCAAGACACAGAGCCUGGUUACACCUCUCUCCACCCCCAAGUCCAUCUUACCACCCGACCUCGAAUCUCGUUUUUCCACUUCUUGUUCCCGACCGAUCGCAACACGUCUAGCUUCCCUGUUGGAAAACAUAAUUGCGGCCAAACUUUGAUCGUGUUGAAGCUAUUCCGAAGCACCCGAUCCGGUGGUGAGUGAUGAGUGGAGGAGGAAGCGCUGUCUGUCCCCUCCAGAAUUGAGCCAUAUCUGGCCCCACACGCUCGAUCGCAGUUAUCCAUGAUGCCCACCACCAGUACAGUGGCAGUGGCAGAAACACCACAAGAGCCUCGACAAGAACGCAGGCCCAGCGAGCAGCGUCCAAUUUUGCCUAAAAAAUGCCUCUACUGUGAAAGGAGAUUCUCAAAGGCGGAGCACCUCAAGCGUCAUCAGCGUUCCCGUAUGUGCUCACGAGAUGAAAUCUCCGCCCGUACUGCGUAUUGCAAUGAAAACCUUUUAUCUUGCACCUCCCGUCUGAUUUAGAUUGCGCGUCAAAAGCUAAUGUAUACCUUCCACGUAGAUACUGGUGAGCGUCCAUAUCGAUGUUCACGUUGUCAGAAAUCCUUUUCGAGAAGGUCAGCCCUCAGGGAGACAUAUUGAGACUUGAUCCUGUCUUGAUAUCUCACCAGAUGACUCUUGCUAACCAGUUCAAAGUGAUGUGCUGAUACGUCAUCUCAAAAACCAUCCUCAUAUUCCAGGAGAGGAGGUUGAGCAGAGCGAAUCAGAUGGCGAUCAACGACCGCCAAAGAGCAAGAGAAGAACCAGUGCGAGCAGUGUGAUGAGUGUCGCUCAGCUGAAGAAGGAAGCCAUGGGCCCUACCAUCCAAGAUCAACCACAGCGCUCUCUCUCGCCUUCCCAGAUUGACCCGGCUCUCUUGGGAUCAAAUUCGGAUUUUCAUGAACAAAGUAACUCUCAUGCUAUGGCUUCGGGACUCGAUCACCUGGCUCUUCUGGCUUCACAGCAACCUUGGGGUAACGGCGCAGGUGAUGCAGCGAUGACGGAUUCCGGUAGUACGGUGAUGGGAGGCCCAGAAUCUCAGAAUUGGCCUCAAGAACCGGUCUCACACAACCAUGAGUUUGGUGGUGUGAUGAAUUAUCAAAGCGGUCUACCGUCGACCGAUGCAGAUUUUCAGAUGAUUGGGGCUGCAGUACAUCCACAUCCGACUUUGGACUUUGGAGGUGAUAUGUAUUCCGGACGCAUGGGCUUACAAGACCAGAUAUCUCCCGGGAUGGGUGGCAUGACACCAAAUAGCGGUAUGAUGCCACAUGAAUUACUUAAUUGGUUUGACCAAUUUGAUAUGGAAACCAGCAACCCUCCUGAACAACCACAGCCUCUUGAUGGAAGCCCUCCAGCUAGACCGCAAGAUGAAAGACAGCCAACGACCAUGUCACCGGACGGGGGGAACUCUUCUAACAGCGGUUCCCUCAGCACUGUUAUUCCAGCUGAAAGAUUCCAUAAGGUUGAACGAUGCUGGCCGAACAAACCAAGCAAUGCGGUCCGACUGAUGCCAACUUUAUGGCGAGAUGCUAUUAUGAAGCCACAGGACAACUUAUUUUCCAAAGACAACUUGACUUCUGAAGCUAUCGAGCACAAUCGACAGUAUGGCUCUCGGUGGGGUUUAGAUGAGGAUUGUCGGACUCGACUACAAAAGAUGUUUGUCAAUUUGAGUAGGAAAGAAUCGAGUCACGUCCUUGAGGAGAACUCUCCAAUCUCACAUUCAUCGCCUUCUUCAAAAUCAUCAAUUUCACAUAACAUUCAAGAAGAAAUUUCCAACAUACCAAAUUUUCCUCCAGCAGAGAUAUUUGACAUCAGUCUAGAUUUGUUCUUUCGGCAAUUUCACCCGCUCAUGCCAUUCAUCCAUACACCUACGUUUUGUCCAAAAACAGCUCCUACGUCAAUACUCCUUAUAAUGUGUCUAAUAGGCUUAACAAUACUACAAACUAAAGGUGCAACAGCAUUUGUAAAACAAGCUUUUCCGGUAACUACUUGCCAUUCUCAGAUUUCCCUUUUCAACAUACGUUCUUCUAGGAUCAACAAAAUCUAACCAAUUUUCAGAAAGCGCUCGAGAAAGUAUGCACAGAACUAAUGUCACCACCACGAGAUGGGCGACGGAUUGACCAGUUAUCAUCCUUGGCUAGUGCUAUUUUCAUCCUCUGCCUAUCAGAAAUGACCGGAGUAAGUGAGGUCUCAAGCUUUGGAUGUCCCAGCUAACACCCUCAGGACCGAGCGCACCAUGAACAGUGUCAGAUGUUAUAUACGAGUGCCAUAACAGUAAGUCUUUAUACAUGGAUAUCGAUGAAAAUGCUCAUCAAUCUUAAAGACGGCCCAGAGACACGGCCUUUUCAACACCAAAGAUGUCCCACCCCUCGAGGAGCACUUAUUAACGGCCAUUCCGUCCAUCGAAGUGAGAUGGAAAGCAUGGGCUCGUGUUGAGUGCAUCAAACGGUAAGUUUGAGUUGCUAUUCAUUGAGGGCAGAUACUGAUAUCAAAAGAUUGAUUCUCUGUCUGCCAAUGGUUGAUACAUGGUACUCUGCAAUUUUUCAUACGAGUCCUAUAAUGCGCACGGAUGAGAUACGCAUAAUAUUACCAUGCGACGCAGCAUUGUUUCAGGCGACUUCGGCAGCGAAAUGGGAUCAGCUCAUUUCAAAAGGCGCUCGUUUGUGCAUGCCUGAAUUCUCUAUGUCUUCCGACAAGAUCAAACUACCCCACCUUGACACUACACUGGAUGUUCACGGCAUGGUUGGGUUAUUAAGCUCGGUUCGAUUGCGAAUUUCAGAAAGCUUUCACCGUCUUCUAUCCGGAAGUCAACGUCGGGCAAUUGAUCAUUCGUUUGUACCUUGGAAGACGUACGAAUCGGACACUCGUGCCCAUGCAAGCCAAAAUUUCACCACCCAAGUGAUGCGGUCUUAUGGGUCCAUGUUAUCAAACAUGAAUCCAAACUGUGUAAUACUUUGGCACAAUAUGUGCAUUAUGCUUACUACUGAUCAACGUCUGUUUGAACUUGGGGCUGGAUGCGCAGGUGCAGAAGCAGCACGAGAGGCUCUUGAUGAUAUCGCAGUCUGGGCACGAACGCCUGCGGCGAGAAGAGCGAUUCUUCAUUCAGGGCAAACCUUUACAUUAAUGGCCAGUCGACGAGCCUCGGAUGGUGACCCAUUCCAUUCAACAUCCAGUCUAUUCGUCGCGGCUUUGGUGUUGGGUUUGUAUGUUUUCAUGGCAAGCCCUGAAAACCCAACCACCGGUCCAGCCUUUGACCUUACUGAAGAAGUGGUGGAUUGGAAUGUUGUGGGUGGUGAGGGUCUUUCAAAUGACUCUCAAUUGGCGCAAGAUGAUGCUGCCAUCAAUUUCAUACAAAAUGGUGGAAGAAUCUCCUUUAAUGGAGUUGUACAUCAACCUGGAUAUCCGGCUGCAAGAAGAAUACUGUUAGACUAUGCGAGGUUAUUGGAAGAUAUCGGGAAAUGGCGGGUCGGCGUUCAUCAAUUUUCACGAGUGUUACGAAUAAUGAGCGAUGCUCUCGUCGACGUUGAUAUUUCUGGAGAGUAG